UCUCGUGUUUCUAGUAGUUGGUAAUUUCAGUGUAAGUGUUCAAAAACUUAAAAACAAUUAAAACUAUUGCUGUUCGUAUUGUAAUGAGCAGUGAAUUAAAUUAACAAGGUGGCGGCGGCGGAGGCCCGGGCGUGUCGGUUUCAACUCAGGCGGAUAUAGCACAUUCGGCCAAAGGCUACGAGUCAGAGGAUGAAAACGCGGGGAGAAAGAGCCAGAGGGCCAACGACGAGCGGCCAGCCAGCAAGACCACCAUGUACUCUAAGCAGGAAUUUCGGGAACAGUACUGCAUCAACAACAAACAACUGGAUCUGCUGGAACUGGAGAAGUCCAAGAAGGACAGAUUCCUCGGAUGUCUCUCUCAAUACCAUAUCGAGAGCCCAUGUUCCAGAGCCAAUAGAGCAUCAUUUCUAUCCGUGUGCGUCCGCCGGCGUGUGCCCUCAGAUGAGAACCUCAACACCGAUUAUGCACCAAUACAGAGGUAUCCCAGGUUUGGCCAACCAACCCCGGCACCACCCGAGCUAUGUGCAUACGACGCCGAUCUGGAGUGCUCGUACUUCCGCAGACGUCCACGGUCUGUGUGCAGUCAACCUGACCCCAAACGCUACACCUGGAUGCCUGAGGAUGAAGACUUCACCCGGAUGGAGUGGCCACAAUCGGUAAUAGAAGAUAACGCGGGUUGGCCCCAAAAUUAUAAUGUGGACCAAAUCGCGUCAGUCAGCCGAGGAGGCUCGUUGCCUCGGCCACCUUCUAUAAUUCCAUGCCCCGCCCACACGCCUAUACCGCCGCCGCCCCCGCCACCCCCUCUCACCAUACCACCCCACAGUUUCCACCACCAACUUAACAUAAUCUUAAAAAAUAUUCUUCUUUUACAUUCUAGAACAAAACACGUAUCGUUUGCUCGCUCGCACACUCUCACCACAUUCGAUGACUCCGUGAUGCCAGCUGCAGUCAGUGGUAAUCGCUACAGGAGAGACUGCGAGAGACUCAUCGAUGGACGAGUUGUUAAGCCUGAGCCAAAGCCAUACUCAACGCUACCAGUGAUGUUCCAGCCAUUUCCACCAUACCCACCGUUCAUAGCUCAGUCUGCGCCUGCGCCGAUUCACUACCAACCUCCUAUAACGCCGCAUCCAAGUCACCCAAUACCGCAAAUGCCAAGACCUACACAAACUGAACAACCCAAAGUAGUAGUUUUAGAUUCUAUAAAGAAAGGUGUUAUGAGGACUCAAGCAACUCAAACCGAAGUUUGUUUAGGACGAAAACCACUGCCACCUAAUUACUUGUCUCUAAGUCCCCGGACUAUAAAAAGGGUAAAAAUGGUGGCAGCCGGUGUUCAAACCAAUGGAUUUACGGUUGGAACUCGAAGACUCACGAAAUCUUUCUCAGAAGUAGGUGGCGAUAGAUUAGCUGGUCGUGAUACACCGAACGAUAUUGCAACGACAGUAGAAAGUUUUAUCGCUAAUGAUCACGAAAAGCUUCAUAGAACUCAAUCGGAGGAACCACCCCGGUCUCCUCGUUCUCCUACAGCCAUGAUGAUGCCUUCAUCACCCCUUCAUCGCGGAGACUCUGAUGACGUCACUUCUUCAUCAGUCAAAUCCGUAGCAUCGUCAUCACAGAUAGACAAAUCGUCAGAGCUAAGCGCUUUACAAAGGCAAGCUCAAGAAUAUUUCCAACAAAAUUUCCAGUUCAUCCACGAGAGUGACAGAGAUGAUACCAUAGAUGAUGACAUAGAAACAAUAGAGAAAAGUAUGGCGUUGAAUCGCAAAAAUCUAGAAUUCUUGCAACAAGAAAUUGCUAAACAAACCAAAGGUGACAAAUCCCUAAGAUCUAUUUUAUCAAAAAGUACUAGUGACGCAUCCCAAAAAACAAUAAACUCUGCAACGCAUCCAUUUUCGAAAACUCCAACUUUCCAAUCCGAACCUUCAACGGAAACUUCAGCGACUACUACAGAUGACAGUGAAAAGAAUGAAAGGGAAAUCAUUAUUGAUUUUGAACCAAGACCUGAUGAUGAGGCAAUACCAUUUACAACUCUACGCAGGAAAACAAGAAGAGUCUUGCAAAAAACGCUGUCUGAAGGAGAAAUACUUUUAGAUGUAAGAAAAUCAGAACUUCAAACGAAUGGUGAUGGUAUAAAAGAUGCGCCCAUAGUAAUGUCUACCAGUCAAGAGAACAUGACGAGAGAAGACCGGGAAAGGGAAGCAGUAUACAAACAGUAUGUCGGUCAAAACUACAAUCAGACACCUAUAAAAGACGAAGGUAUAUUUGGAUUUGAACCGGAUGGAUCAUUCAGUUCUUCAGAUGGGAAUGCACCAUAUGAAGAUUUUCAUGAAAAAUACAUUAGUUACAAGCAUGAACCAUUUAGAAAUCGCAGCGUAAGUUUUGAAGAAAAGACCGAAAUCAUAAUUGACAAGGACGAAAUUCCUGAGAGCAGCACUGCCAAAUCUAGUCCUGGUUCACCAGAGCCAGUAACUAUUGAAGCGGAAGUAGGUCAAAAAGUAAAACGCACUGCUAUUUCAAACACUGUUACAACUAUUCUUGCACCAUUUGACAAAGUUUCGCCUUGUGCUUCAAAUGAAUCAUUGACUGUAGAUCCAACCCGGGACCAUUCCGAUGGAUUGUGGAAUGAAUCGCAGACCACUGUGUUACAAGUUGAUUCUUGCACUGAAAAUGGGACAGUUAUAAGCUCUUCUGAUUUAAGUUCGUUGGCUGCUUCACCCGGAGCACUGGCUCUGCUAACACCAACUUCAAGGAGAAAACAACUUUUAUUACUCCAGCAUCAACAACGAUCUUCUUUAGAUACUGAUGCUUUAGAUGAGGAAUUCGAUGCAUCACAAAGCCAGUCACCUACAUCUCCAAGAAAUAAGUUGGACACGUCUAGCUCUAGCUCUCAGGCACGAGCGUCCCUAUCACCGCCUGCUGUUGUUCCAAGUGUCUCACUACCCAUCACGAAACAACCGACAAUUUCAAAGACAAUAUCUCCUCCAAAACAACCCCCAAAAGUAAAUCACACACCUGCUAUUGCAAUAACCCACCCAAGCCUAGACUUGGCCGAUGUUCCGUUUAAAAGAACUCCGAGUUUUAUAAACAAAAAGCGAGAAAGAGCACUAAGUCCAUCUAGGAGAAGAGAUUUGCAAAAAAAGGCUCAGCAAAAGGAACCAAAUGGAGCAAUACCUAAUCAGAUAAUUGAAUCUCCAUCUGAGCCUCCAUUAGCCAAAGCAGCUAGUAGUGAAACUAGUCUAGCUAGAACUGAUUCAGGCAAAAUUAACACUACCGAUGUAUCAGAAAGUACAACAACAACUGAAGACUACGUUACAGCGAACUCAGAUAGUUCUAAAAAAAGUAACAGUAGAAAUCAAAACCAAAGUAAGUAUCGCCGAAGUAGAAUAAUCACUUGUUUGUCAUUACCUUAUAAAAAAUCUUCAUUUAUAGAUCCAGAAAAUAACAAAACACAAGAAGGGUCUUCCUUUGAAAGUGCUUCAAGCCUUUAUUCUUCGACUCGAACUGAAAAUAUCGCUGAAGAUUUGAUCGUGCCAAGUUUCUCCCCACCUCUAGAAAUAAAUGACGACUUCAUAGUCCCAGACCUCGCAUCACCUCCAUUGCCAUUACCUGAUAGGUUACCUAAGCUUACUGUUGAAAAGAUUGAAGUCAAAGCCGACAUUACUCCGACCAUUCAACACAUCAAGAGAGAAAAGACUGAUAUUAAAUGUAAAAACGAAAUACCUAAAGUUCCCAAGACUAUACGUGGCACAAUUAGUGGAAAGAGUAGUUCAAGUGGAAGUUAUAGUAUAGGAGGAUCGAAUCCUAAUGUUACGGAAGCUGUUGAUGAUAAAACACCAACUGAUAAGAUAGCAGAACUGCCUGAAUGUAGUGACGCUAAACCAAAAGAAGACAAAUCAACCACUACCAUUCAUGAGAAGGAACAACUUGUGCCAAAAAUGAUGGUAAUGAUGUGUGUAGUUAAAUGUCUCAUUGUAUUCAAAGGUCGCCUGAAAAUCCUGUUGUUUAGUAUCAUUUCCACAUUGUGUGUCAUCAUUUGUAUCCCUACUUUGUGUGCCUCACUAAAAUUAAGUACAAUGCACAUGUUAAUACCAAGUUUAAUUACAGGGUCACUGUCAGAUGACGAAAGAAGUGUUCACUAUUCAUCGUCAGGUUAUUACGAAAGUCCUGCUGAAGACGACGAUGAUGGUGGGUUGACAUACAAACAUUCGCAAAAAUACAAAUCAUCAACUAGACCCAAAUCAUGGUUAUCAGAUGAUAAACGAAGGAAGAAGAAAGCUUUUACUUUAGAAUUUUCUAAAUCUUACGAUGACUCUGUUUCUACUUCCCAAGAUGACUGGGGGAAACAACCAAAAGAUCCUGACAGCAUAAGCCAAAAAUCUGAACGAAGUAUCUUCAAACCAUCUACCGCUAAGUCUCCUUUAGAGGAAAAAGCACCAGAGGUUAGAAAAAAGAAAACACACUUUGCUGACAGGGCUAAAAGUGUCCAAUCUUCACCAAGAGAACCAGUUGAUAUAGAAAAAUCAAUCAAAGAAAAAGUUUCAAAAGAAAAAGAUUCUGAACCGAAACGCCCUGUUGAACGCGAAAGAUAUGUAAAAAGGACUAAGCUGAAAGCUAAAAGUCCGACUCAAAGUAAAACUUCUGAUGGCAAUCAUAGCUACAGACCAACACAUUAUGAAAGGAGGGAAGCUAUGGGGUCUAAUAUGAAACUUCAUUUAAAUAUACCUACUUCAGAUGACUCCAGUGAACAAUACAGGAAAGAAGGUACAACCAAUGGAAAUCUAUCUCCAAGAAAACACAGGCGUUUACGCGAUAGCCCUCGAAGAAAAACUGCUAAUAAUUGUAAUAACGCUAAAUCUCCAACAACUUCCAACAAUCACACAGUGUACAGGCCAAGACGGAAAAGCGGCUCCAAUGAAAGCAUAUCUCUACCCGGUAGUUUGCCGCGUAGAAAGCAAUCAAUACCUACAGUUCCCUGCAUUAGUUCGCUUGAAGCUGAAGAUAUAGAAACGACAAGAACUCUUACUAAUGCGGGGUCCAGAUUGACACCUCUGCGAUACGUUAAAAGUCCAACUUCAUCUCCAAGGCACCAUAGAAAACAAGACCGAGAUGGAAAAUUCGCAAAAGCUGCAUCAGCUGAAUCUCUUCGCUCCGUAUCGCCGGGUUCUGAUUCAGUAUUUUACUCAGAGCAAACAGAGCACAGUUUAAUAGGAGCAGAUGGAGAAUCCAAGGCACAUUGUCUGCACUGCGGCAAGGAGGUUCAUAUUGUAACCGCUUCUCAUGAACACGAUAGCGUAGCUUCUAGGACUUCGCAUACAGACGAAUCCUACGCAGAUGCAACGCCAGAUAUAGUACCAGCACCAGCUGGUUUCGCAGAUUCCCCUUCUUGUGCUUCAACUAAGAAACAUGCAAGUGGCGCUCGUCUAUACAAGAAGCUAGACAAAAGAUACCGCUCUGAAGAUAAAUCUCGACAUUACUAUCGAAACCGACAGGAUGUCCGCGCUAAGUCUGAAGAAAGAGGCAAGGAAGAAUAUGCUUCAAGUGAGAAACCUCAAGAUACACGUAUUGCAAGGUCUGCUGGUAACAGUCUGGACAAGCUUGGUGGAUCUAGCGCUAGUGUGGACCCUGAUGAACACGAAGAAUGUUCUGGAAGCUCGGAAGGUGCCGAAGGAGGUCGUGACGAAAAAGGAAUCUAUGCUGCACCAUGGUGGUGUGGUAACUGGAUAUUGCUCUCAGAAAACAAUGAUCAUUGGACCAGAAUUCCACCAGACGCUUUAGAUAGUUCUGACUCAGGACAAGAGGAUCCAACUGAAUCGGAAACGGAGUUUAAUAAGAGAUACGUGGCAUUGACACACAGGCUAGUGCAUCGACGUGCUUGCAUAGAACUCAAUCGACGACAGGCCGAUAAUAGCUUUGAAAGUGACAAGACAGUAGUGGUAAGACGUGGUAAUGAAGAGUUUGGCUUCCGGAUUCAUGGAAGCAAGCCAGUAGUGGUGUCAGCGAUCGAACCCGACACGCCGGCAGAAACAUCAGGAUUGGAAGUCGGAGACAUUGUUAUAGCCGUUAAUGGAAUCAAUGUUUUAGAUAAGACACACUCAGAAGUAGUGAAGAUCGCGCACUCCGGGUCAGAAAUACUUGAAUUGGAGGUGGCCCGUACAUGCGAAGUUGUGGCUUCUCUAGCUCAUGAAGGAGGACCAGCGGCACUGUACUCUGGGUACCUGUGGCGAGCCGCCCCCAUAAAACCGCACCACCCACCGCGCUGGACCCGUCGGUGGUUCGUUCUCAAGAGGGACAACUGCCUGUAUUAUUAUAAAACUGAUUCUAGCAUUCAUCCAGUGGGAGCUCUCAUGCUCGUUAACUAUCAACUUACCGAAGAAGACGCAGGUAGGGCACAUGGGUUCCGCCUACACCGCGGUGGCGGCACAAGGUUGCAACUCGCAGCUGACACUUCUGAGGCAGCCGCUAGAUGGCGCGCAGUUCUUGCCCAUGCUAUUGACGCUAGUAACCAGCGCGACGGUUGGCUUGAAGUGACUAUGAGGAACAUGAAAUUACCACCAUCUUCGAUCCCACGACCCGACUGCUUUGGAUACCUCAUGAAGCUUGGGUCCAAGUGGAAGUCCUGGGCAAAGCGAUAUUGCGUACUGAAAGACGCCUGCCUUUACUUCUAUAACGAUGGAAACAGCAAAAAUGCUUUUGGUAUGGCCUGUCUUCAUGGCUACAGGAUACAGACGUGCGCUCCUGGCGGAAAGAAAUACGCCUUCGAGGUGAUGCCCACGGAGCCAAAACAGAGACACUUCUACUUCCACACGGAAUCUGAAAUGGACAGGAAACGAUGGAUGGCUGCUUUGGAGUACUCCAUAGAUAGGUGGAUGAAGGCCGGUUGACGACGAGCCCUACCCUCCGAAGAUUCAUACGACUUUCUAUAGCUUUAGUUGUAUCAAAUAUAUUUAUUGUUAUUCCAUA